AUGGUUAAAGGAAUAAUUCCAGGUAAUCAUUCAAUAACAAAUAUGAAACAAAAUGAAUUCGACAUUGAUGGUAAUGAUCAAAAGAAUCAAUUAUCAUCUAUGAAAUGCUUUUCUCCUUCAAUGCGUGCUAUUAUUCAAGCUCGUCUCGAUAAUAUCGAACAACGUGCUCAACAAAUUAUAAAAUUUAUUCAUGGUUCGUCUGAAAAAUAA